UGUCUUUGGGAAGAGGGAAUUUCUUUAGUUAAUUUAUUAAAUUAAUGCAAAAGGUCUUAAUUCAUCAAAAUUAAUUAAGCAUGGCAUCCACUUUCACAGGAACUCUGGAUAAAUGCAAGGCCUGCGACAAGACUGUUUAUUUCGUUGAUCUCUUGUCUGCUGAUGGCGCCACCUACCACAAAUCAUGCUUCAAGUGCAGCCACUGCAAGGGCACCCUUGUUAUGAGCAACUACUCCUCCAUGGAUGGCGUGCUCUACUGCAAGACUCAUUUCGAACAGCUUUUCAAGGAGUCUGGGAAUUUCAGCAAGAAUUUUCAAACUGCAGGAAAAGGAGAGAGGGAAAACUCACUUACAAGAGCACCCAGCAAGCUGUCUGCCAUGUUCUCUGGCACCCAAGACAAAUGUGCUGCCUGCAGCAAGACUGUCUACCCACUCGAGAAGAUGAAUAUGGAGGGAGAGCCAUACCACAAGUCAUGCUUCAAGUGUGCCCAUGGGGGGUGCCCCCUCACCCACUCCAACUAUGCUGCCCUAGAUGGGGUGCUCUACUGCAAGCACCACUUCCAGCAACUCUUCAUGGAGAAGGGAAAUUACCAGCAUGUCCUCGACGCCGCCUCCCACAAGAAGAGCGCCAGCAUGGAGGCCGUCGACGUCGACGCCCUCGCCGAGGACGCCGCCGCCGCCGGGGACGAGCACGCGGAGCCGGCGGCCGAGGCAGCCGCCGACGCCGCCGAGGAUGAGCCCGCCAAGGAGGAGGAGAAAGCUGCAGAUGACGAUGAUGCUGACAAGACACAAGAGCAAUCCUAGAUCAUGUUUGUUUGAUUUAAAUUCUCUGGGAGUUAUAUAUAUAUAUAGUCGAGUGUUAUGAGCAUUUUUUUAAUUUUUUUUUAAUUUUUUUUUUUUUGGGGUUCUGAGUUUUGGCACUAUACAUGACGUAUAAAUGU